GUCACCAAGGCGAGGCCUAUUGGAUAGGAGAGAUCAUCAUAUACUACGGUGCUGACUAUAAACACGACUUUCAUCCAGAAUGACCACGAAAAGAAUUGCCUUUCGAGUCCAUGGCACUGUGCAAGGUGUCGGGUUCCGGGACUUUACCCAGAAACACGCCACUGUCUACGGGCUUCAUGGCUGGGUAAAAAAUACCUCGGAUGGACGGGUAGAAGGCGAAGCCCAGGGCGAAGAGGAGACGCUGAAAAAGCUCCUCAAAGACAUCGAUAAGGGCCCUCGUCUGGCGCACGUAGUAAAGCUGGAAAAGAAAGAGGUGGCCGUCGAGGAAGGCGAGGAUCAUUUCGCCGUCAAACGGACGACGGAUUCCACUUAUGAGGUUGCUGCUUGAUUAUCUAUGGACUGCGCAUGAAUUAUGAAUCUGUUUUAGCAUCUAUAAUAAACCUAGUUUCAAGUAUUCCUAGGAUUAGUUAUCAUCUACAAAAAUCCUGCCUUUGGUUAGAAAAAUACAGAGGAAG